UUGUAAUAUGACUGCUGACAGUUGGUCUCCACAUCCCAGUUUUAAUUAGGAUACUUUCCAGAAAGCGCAUGGUGGAAAAGUGGAAUAUAAGUGGAAUUCGUUUAAUUCUGAGCGCUAUUUGAAGAGUGGAAAAGCUUUAUUUUGACCGUGAGCCACGAUGAACAUCAUCUCUGCAGACAGGAAGCCUCCUCUGGACUGUGGUGUCCAGAUCCGCUUUAUCAACGACCUGGAUGAUAAAGGCGGCGGCUAUGUGGAGAGGAAUCGGGGUGGUGGAGCUGGAAAUUCUUCAUCUUCUAAGUAUGGAGUUGCAGUAAGGGUUCAGGGCAUUUCUGGGCACCCCUAUGUGGUCCUGAAGAAUGGCGAGAAGGGUGACUCCUAUGGGGUACAGCUGAAGAGCCAACCACAGUCCCCAGUCCAUGGACUUUCUACUAUGUUCAACGGCCUGCCUCAAAGACCAAAAGAUAAUGCCUUGACUCCUAAGGACCCUUAUGCGUCAUUUGGCCAUCCAAGUUCUCCUGAAGACGAGACCAUUGGAUUCGGGAGCCCUUUAAGGAGACCGCCUGGUGAUGGGCAGGCAGGAAGUCAAGGAGAUGUCCCGGGAAAGACUGUAGAACGCCCCAUCUCAGCACCUCCACCCAAGCACAUAGAUUCGAAAGACCCAGAAGGACUUAACGAAGCAGGUCUUCGGCCAGUUAGGAGGACUGGUAUUGGAACAAUGAAUAGAGCAAACUCUUUCCCAGAACCUCCAACACUUACUCCUGAUAAAGAACCAGGAGUAGCCAUCGACACAAAUUCUUUAGCUCCUAUUAAUAAACUCAUCAGUAAGUUUGACAGCAACGGCACUGCCAGCAUUUCAAGACGGACCAGAGGUCGUUCCGGAGCUCGGGCACGGCUACAGUUCGAUGAACAAAAGCGUUCUCGCAGCCUGGAUGCCUGCAAAGAACCAGAAGAAGAGACUCCUUCCUCGCCAACCAUAAACCCCUAUGCGCCCAUUGUUAAUGCCAGCUCUGUCUCUGGUGUCGGCUCUUCACAACCCAUAACCAACAGCAGCCUCGAGCAAAGCUCUGCUUCUGUAGCCAAGGUGGCUUCUGUUUCUGCGUCCAAGCCACCCACACUCAUUCAAAUACCAAAGAUAGUCAUUGACAUGGAAAUGCCACCUGUUGCUUUAAAUAAGCCGGUGACUCCUGAUCUUCUGAAGACCCAGAGUCAAAGUAUAGACCUUGUGAAUGGAGUGGAUACACAAGAAAAACAAGCCAUCUAUGAGAUCCUCAAAGAUGGGUCUGCUGAUAGUGAAUCCUCCCUGAAACGAAAAGUGAAUCUCCUUCAUGAGCAGUUCUGUAGGCUAAAGGGUGCUGAAUCUAAUUUGGUGGGUAAUAGAGUGGAGCCAGUGCAGGAUCAGACCGUGAAAAGUAACCAGCAGCUGAAUCAGACCAAGAGAGAACUGCAGGAUGCUCAGGAUCAGUUGUUGGAGCUACGUAUGGAGAAGGAAGGCUUGCUGUCUCGCUUUUAUCAGCAGGAGGAUCAGCUGGCUCAGCUACAGGAGGAGCUGAGAGGAGUAUCAGAGAGCAUGCCUCAAUCAGGCUCAGUUCAUGUGGAUGUGAUAACACUUCAGACCGAGCUGGCAGAGACGAUUAUGCUAAAGCAGAAGGUGGAAGAGACUCUGCACAUGAGAGAGAGGGAGCUCACUGCAUUGAAGGGGGUGCUCAAGGAUGAGGUGGCCGUUCACGACAGAGACAUGGAGGCCCUGCGAGAGGAGUAUAGCCAAAACAUGCAGGCACUUCAAAAAAGCAUGGAGCACGUAUCACAGUCUCAGUUGGAGAUUGAGGAUGAGCGCCAAAAGGUAAACGCCACAAUUCUGGUUCUGGAGGAGGAGCUGGACAGCUACAAAGAGCAGAGCGAGCACUGGAGUGAGCAGAUGACCUCGGUGAAACAGGAGCGAGGGCAGCAGAGCGCAUUUCAAAAGCUGCUGCAGGCUCAGCAGGAAAAGAAGGCACUUGAGGAGAAGCUGCUCAGUUUAAAGAAACAGACGUGUGAAACCGACUCACAAUCCUUAAAUCAGACUGACGUUAAACAGGCACAAGUACAGCUCGAGCAGCUGAAGGCAGAGCUGGUAAAGAAGCAGGAAGAGCUUCAGGCUGUGAAGAAAACCAGUCAGAUCACAGAAAAUGAACUGAAGGCUGAGAUUGACACACUGAGGGAGCAGUCAAAGAAGGACCAAGAGGAACUUGCUAAAAUGCUUGAAAAGAAGCAGCAGUCCCAGCUGCACACCAGCCUGUCUGAAUAUGACAGUACAGAUGUUCUGGAGGGAGAGAUCCGGAGUCUGAAGCUGCAGCUGGAGGAAGCACGUCAUGCAGCGACCCGUAUCGGCCAUGAGAAAGAUGAAGUCGCUCAGCGACUGGAAGAGCGAGAGAAGGAGAGAGAAGCCUUGCGUCAUGGAAAAACUGACCUGGAAGAUGAGAAGAGGAUGCUAGAUCGAGCAGUGGAGAAGAUGAGCAAAGAGAUGGAGAUGAUGAUGGGCGAUUCACGGCACUCUGUGCUGAAUUUACAGUCUCAGCUGGAUGACUUUAAAGAUCGCUCUCGUCGAGAAAUGCUCGACGCUCAGAGGCUAAACAGUGACAGGCUGACUGAGCUGCAGAGAGUCCAGAAUAGCCUUAAAGCAGCACAGGAUGAGGUAUCUCGUCUGAAAAAGGAGCUUCAGGUGUGUUCAGAGGAACGGGACAGUGCACAGCUAAGUAAGGACCUGCUGAGCAGCCGUCUCAAGCACUUGGAGAGCGGGCUGGACACAGAGAAGCCAUCACAGUCACGUAGCAGAGAAAUACGGCAUCUAGAGGACAAAGUAAAAGCUUUGGAGAUCGAGCUUGAUGAGGAAAAGACUGGAGCAGAGCUUCUGAAUGAUCGUAUCACACGUAGCCGUGAGCAGGUGGACCAGCUUCGUUCUGAACUGAUGCAAGAGCGUGCAGCCAGACAUGACCUUGAGAUGGACAAGGGUUCAUUAGAAAGACAGUUUAAAGAGCUGAAGUCUCGUUUAACGGAAAUGGAAGAUCUGCCAAGACCCACUUCUGGAAUGGUUAUACUGGAAAACAAAAUUCAAGAGUUGGAGGACCAGUUACUCAGUGAGGAGAGGGAGAAGAACAGCAUCCUUGCAGCCCAUAAAAGGACAGAACGGAAAUUGAAAGAUCUUAGUGCCACACUGGACCAAGAAAGAAACCAACACGCUGAACAGCGAGACCAGCUGUUGUUGCGUAUAAAGGCGCUGAAAAGGCAUGUGGAUGAGAACGAGGGCGAGGUGGAAAGGUUGGAGGGACUGAGGAAGAAAGUUCUGAGAGAUCUGGAGGACCAGCAGGAACUAAAGAACACACUGCAGGCCAAAGUCAGCACCCUGGAAAAUGAGCUCAGGAGGAAGGUUCAGCAGACAUUGCGUCCCACUCUGGGAUCCACUGUGAGCUCUGAGGAAGAGGAUGCAGUCACUGAUUCUAACAGCAUUGCAUCCAUCCUUACUGAAUCCCAGCUACAGACCACCAACUGCUGAUCAGAGAAAGGUUUUACGGAGAACUGUUUCAACACUAUACACUGAGCUCUUAGUGUAAAUACGCUGUAAAACUCGAGCAGGCUAUUUUUUAUUACUUUUUUAUGGUAUGUUGAAUGUAAUCAUGGUUUAGAUGAGUGAAAUCAAUCAAUAGUUGCCUUAAUUCUGUAAGGAAACUAGAGAAGCACUAUGUUGAGAAAAUAAUGAAGUGAUAAAGUACAUUUGUGGUGCUUCAACAUCUCGAUUUAAUUAAAAAAAAAAGUGAAAGAUUAACCACAGCGAUUAAAUAUUAGUACUACUGUCUACACGUUUGCAGGUAUGUUCUAUGUUGUGUAGUUGUUUGAUUCUUCCUUUCACAUUGCAUAAAUGUGUUGUCUUUCUUUUUCAUUCAUUCUGAUGUCAGUUCUAAUUCUGGAAAGUAAAAAGAUCAUUCCUAAUAUGU